GAAAAUAUAUAAUUUUCUCCAGAAAUUCACGCCUGACUGUUUUUUCUCAAAAUAUAUAUAUUUUCUGAAUUUUUGUUAGUGUAGGUUGGUUUGAUUGGAGAGGGGGCUUUGUUGUGGUGAUUUUUCUUUCUUACUUAAAUUUAAUAUUUUCCCGGCGAUGCCGACGCCGGUGAACACGGCGAGAGAAUGCCUAACGGAAGAAGCCGCUCGUGCCCUCAACGACGCCGUCUUGGUCGCUCGCCGGAGGAGCCACGCGCAGACUACGUCACUCCACGCCGUAUCAGCUCUCCUAGCGAUGCCGUCGUCCAUUCUCCGCGAGGUCUGCCUCUCACGCGCCUCCCGGAGCACCCCGUACUCCUCGGGACUCCAGUUCCGAGCUCUGGAGCUCUGCGUCGGCGUCUCUCUCGACAGGCUCCCGUCGUCAAAGUCGUCGUCGGAGGAGGAGGGAGGAGGAGGAGAAGAUCCGCCGGUGUCGAACUCGCUCAUGGCGGCGAUCAAACGGUCUCAGGCGAACCAGAGACGGCACCCCGAGAGCUAUCACCUGCAUCAGAUCCACGGUGGAUGUCAGACGACGACGGUUUUGAAGGUUGAGUUGAAGUACUUCGUGCUGUCCAUCCUCGACGACCCGAUUGUGAACCGGGUUUUCACCGACGCCGGGUUUCGGAGCUCCGAGAUUAAGCUCGACGUGCUUCACCCUCCGGUCACGCAGCUCUCUUCCCGGUUCUCCGGAGAUCGUUUCCCUCCUCCUCCUCGUCUCUUCCUCUGUAAUCUCUCGUUUGGUGGGGGAAGCAGCGAGAAUUGUCGGAGAAUCGGACAAGUGUUGUGUCGGAAAGAGAAGAGGAACCCUCUCCUUGUCGGUAACUGCGCUAACGAAGCUCUCAAAACGUUCACGGACGCGAUCGACAGUGGGAACCAAACGUUUCUUCCUCCGGAGGUUAGCGGGUUGAGCAUAGUUAGCAUAGAGAAGGAGAUUAACGAGGUUUUAGCCGAUGGAUCGAGAACUGACGAGGAGAUUGGUGUGAAGCUUGAUGAUUUAGUAAGAGCCGCAGAGGGAGAUGGCUCGAGAUCAUCGGGGUUGAUGAUGCUUAAUCUGGGAGAGUUGAAGAUUCUAACCGAGAGUGAAACUUCGUCCAAUGUUUUGGAGAGUUUGGUGACGAAGCUGUCGGAUUUGUUGAAACAUCGAAGUGAUAAACUUUGGUUCAUUGGAUGUGCAUCGAGCAACGAGACUUACAAGAAGCUUGUGGAUCGGUUUCCUACGGUCGAUAAGGAUUGGGACCUUCAUCUUCUUCCAAUCACAUCCUCAAGACCAAAAUCAAGCUUGAUGGGAUCUUUUGUUCCAUUUGGAGGGUUCUUUUCCUCUACAUCAGAUUAUAGAGUACCAUUGAGUGGCACAGUGAAUCAGACGCUCCCCAGAUGCCACCUCUGCAACGAGAAGUAUCUGCAAGAAGUAGCUGCCGUUGUCAAGGCAAGUUCAAGUCUCUCUACGUCUGAACAAUGUUCUGAGAAGUUACCCUCUUGGUUACGUGCUGCUGAGUCCGAGUUAGACAAGGGACCAACGAGCAGCACUAAGGCUACAGAUGACACAAACACAUUAGCUUCUCAGACCACAGCUCUACAGAAGAAAUGGGACAGCAUAUGCCAAAGUAUCCAUCAAACUCCAACGGUUCCUAAACUCGGUUUGCCGCCAGUGAGUCCCCAGUUCCCAGUUAAGACUCCUGAAAGCUCUCUUGAGACGCGUAAACUGCUGAAUCAGCCAAUCUCUAGUCCAAAACAAAAGGACGAUCUCACCGCAUCGGUGUCUAACCGUACUGUCGGUUCUCCUUUGAGCUGUGUGACUACAGAUUUAGGGUUGGGAGUAAUCUAUGCGUCAAAAAGCCAGGAUACAAACACAAUGGUGACUCUAAACUCUUCCUUAGAACAUAAGUAUCAGAAUGAUUUCAAGUCUCUUAGAGAGUUACUCUCUCGUAAAGUCUCUUACCAGACCGAAGCUGUGAAUGCCAUUAGCCAAACUAUCUGCGAAUGCAAAAGCGAGUCCAUGAGAAAAAACGGUACAUGUGGAAUUUGGCUGGCUCUUCUUGGACCAGAUAGAGUUGGGAAGAAGAAAGUAGCGUCGGUUCUGUCUGAAGUCUUCUUUGGUAGCCAAGACAACUGUAUCUCUGUGGAUUUCGGGGGAGAACACUCUUAUCUUGAUGACAAGUUCAGAGGAAAGACAGUAGUUGAUUACCUAGCCGGAGAACUAUCAAAGAAACCACACUCUGUAGUGUUUCUUGAAAACGUGGAAAAAGCCGAGUUCCCUGAUCAGAGCAGAUUGUCUGAAGCUGUAAGUACAGGGAAACUCCGUGACUCGCAUGGAAGAGUGAUCAGUAUGAAGAAUGUGAUUGUUCUUGCAACUUCUAGUAUCGCCAAGGAGAAAGAUCAUGUAACUUUUGAGCCUGUGAAGUUUUCUGAGGAAAGAGUUCUCAGCGCGAGAAGCUGGAAACUGCAGAUUAAGUUAGCUGAUACUGGUAGUGAUACUGUAAAGAAGAGAAAACAUGGUGAAGAAACAGAGCUGCGUCCAGAGAAGGUGCAACGUUCGUAUCUUGAUCUGAAUCUACCAGUGGAUGAGACAGGAGUUAGCUUUGAUCAUGAAACAGAAGACGCAAAAGCUUGGUUAGAUGGUUUCAUUGAACAAGUAGACGGAACGGUGACGUUCAAGCAGGUUGAUUUCGAUGGGUUAGCCAAAAGCAUUCAAGAGAAGAUCGUUUCACAUUUUAAGCUGUGCUUUGGACCUGAAACAAGUUUAGAGAUUGAUGACGAAGUGAUGGUUCAUAUUCUUGCGGCUUCUUGGUCAUCGGGGGAAGAAGGGAGGAACGUUGUUGAUCAAUGGAUGGGAACAGUUCUUGCUCCGAGCUUUGCUGAAGCGAGGUUAAAGUAUGGUUCGAAUCCUGUGUUUGCCGUGAAACUGUUUGCUUCUAGUGAUUUAGCUGGUGGAGUAGAGUUGCCGGAGAAGGUGGAUGUGAUGUGAUCAGAGAUUAUAUACAAAUAAGAUAAUAAAUAGGUUUUAGUCCUACUGAUUGUUUUGUCAUCAGAGGCCUUGGUUUGGAGUUUUGUGCUUGUAAAUUAAAGAAUGUGUAACAGAAAUACUACUACCAGUAGUAGCUGAGCUGAGGUAUCACUUUGGUACAUAAGUUUGCUUAGGGGUUUACUAAUUUGCCACAAGACGUUUUGGGCAUUUUGUGUUUAAGUUCUCUAGUGUUUUGUAAACUCUUUUGCCCAACUUCCAAAUAUAUGUAUAUGCAUUAAGCGAUAGUUUGAGUUAUUCUUA